AUGUCAGAAGUCAUCACCGAACAGGUCCAAGAUGGUCACAAUGGCGAGUCCUCCACCAUCACAUACACACAAUGCCAAAUGGUCGGUCACGGCUCCUUCGGGGUCGUCUUCCAAACCAAAGUUCAACCGUUGGAUGAAACCUGCGCCAUCAAGCGUGUGCUCCAAGACAAACGUUUCAAGAACAGAGAGUUGCAGAUCAUGAAGUUGGUGCACCACCGAAACAUUGUCGAUUUGAAAUACUACUUCUACAACAACAAUGAACAAGAUGAGUUGUAUUUGAACUUGAUUUUGGAGUUUGUUCCGGAGACAUUAUACAGAGCUUCGUCGUACUUUGUCACCAGAAAGGCCACGUUACCGCACUUUGAAAUCAAGUUGUACACCUACCAGAUGUUGAGGGCGUUGAACUACAUCCAUCUGCAAGGGAUCUGCCACAGAGAUAUCAAGCCACAAAACUUGUUGAUCGAUCCGCAGUCUGGCGUCUUGAAGUUGUGUGACUUCGGCUCGGCCAAGAUCUUGAACCCCCUGGAGCCAAAUGUCUCGUACAUUUGCUCUCGUUACUACCGUGCUCCAGAGUUGAUUUUCGGGGCCACAAAUUACACCACCCAGAUUGACGUGUGGCUGGCUGGUUGUGUCAUGGCCGAAUUAAUCUUGGGCCAACCUUUGUUUCCUGGUGAAAGUGGGAUUGACCAACUUGUCGAAAUCAUCAAGAUUUUGGGAACCCCUCUGAGAGACGAGAUCAGAACCAUGAAUCCGAACUACAUGGAACACAAGUUCCCACAGAUCAAAGCCAUCCCAUUAGUCAAGGUGUUCAAGAAGUGCUCGAGUGAGUGCAUCGACUUGUUGAACGUCAUCUUGAAGUACUCUCCAUUGGAGAGAAUCACCGCUGUGGAAUCUUUGGCCCACCCAUACUUUGAUGAGUUGAGAUCCAACGCUCAGUUGGCCUAUCCUGAAUCCAGACAUGUGUCGCCAUCCUCAAAUCAAGAUAAUCCACAACCACAACCACAGUUUGGAGACAUGAAACCAGUCCCAGAAUUGUUCGAUUUUGAUAGACGCGAGUUAUCCAUCAACCCGCAGUUGAACUCUAGGUUUGUCCCGGCUUUUGCUAUUGACAGAUUAAAGGGCUUGGAUGAAGGUGAGGGGUACACCUUGGAGCACGGGUUACGGCCUAUUCCAGCAAACGAAAUGAUUGUUACUUUAGAGUAG